UGCUCCCAACCGGGUCCAUCCGAGCCUCGCUUUCCUCCGCCCUUGCCGUGUGCUGUCCAGGAUCCCUGUAGCUCCAGGACCACGAUGGACGCCCUGCGACUUGCAAACUCUGCCUUUGCAGUUGACCUGUUCAAGAAACUGUGCGAAAAGGAGCCAGCCGGCAAUGUCCUCUUCUCUCCCAUCUGUCUGUCCACCUCUCUGUCACUUGUUCAAGUCGGAGCCAAAGGUGACACAGCCAGUGAACUGGGACAGGUCCUUCACUUUGAAAACGUCAAAGACGUGCCCUUUGGAUUUCAGACAGUAACGUCGGACGUAAACAAACUGAGUUCCUUCUACUCGCUGAAACUGAUCAAGCGGCUCUAUGUAGACAAAUCUCUGAACCCUUCCGCAGAGUUCGUCGGCUCCACGAAGAGACCCUACGCCAAGGAGCUGGAAACGGUUGACUUCAAAGAUAAGCUGGAAGAGACCAAAGGUCAGAUCAACAGCUCCAUUAAGGAUCUCACAGAUGGCCACUUUGAGGACAUUUUAUCCGACAACAAUGUGAAUGACCAGACCAAAAUCCUCGUGGUGAAUGCUGCCUACUUCGUUGGAAAGUGGAUGAAGAAAUUUCCCGAAUCGGAAACCAAAGAGUGCGCUUUCCGAGUCAACAAGACGGACACCAAGCCAGUGCAGAUGAUGAAUCUGGAAGCCACCUUCUGCAUGGGCAACAUUGACAGUGUCAACUGUAAGGUCAUAGAGCUCCCCUUUCAAAACAAGCACCUCAGCAUGCUCAUCCUGCUGCCCAAGGACGUGGAGGACGAGUCCACAGGCCUGGAGAAGGUUGAAAAACAACUCAACUCAGAGACGCUUCUGCAGUGGACCAAUCCCAGCACCAUGGCCAAUGCCAAAGUCAAACUCUCCAUCCCGAAGUUUAAGGUGGAAAAGAGGAUCGAUCCCAAGGCCAGCCUGGAGAACCUGGGGCUGAAAAGUGCCUUUGACACGAACACAUCUGACUUCUCUGGAAUGUCAGAAGCCAAGGGAGCGGCGCUGUCGGAUGUCGUUCACCGAGUGUGCUUAGAGAUCACCGAAGAUGGUGGGGAUUCCAUAGAGGUGCCGGGGUCGCGCAUCCUUCAACACAAGGAUGAGUUCAGGGCUGACCACCCAUUCAUUUACAUUGUCAGGCACAACAAAACUCGAAACAUCAUUUUCUUUGGCAAGUUCUGUUCGCCUUAAGUGGCAGAGCCCAGGUUGAGCCCCCCUCCCCCGACCUUUCUGCAAACUCUGCACCCAGAGAGUCCCUUUCUAAAUAUGAUAAAUUGCUACUGUUGCUGGAGGAGAGCGCGGAGAUGCGUUGUCACAUGUACCCCUCACUCGGAUAGGCCCUCGCUCCCAGUGUUGCCUUCUGUGCCCCUUCCCCACCGCCGGAGACAAUGCUUUGAAUGGAAAGGAAUGUGCAUUCAUCAGUUGUCGCGCUGUCUAGGGUUAUGGGCAGAAAUGAGACUCGUUCACAAAGGAAAUUCCUAUACGGAGGAUCUGUAGGAUGUUAUGCCCAGAGUUCUGCCUUCCUUCACUGGGAUGCAGAACGUUCUAGACAUUCUCACUUCCCCGAAAGACGGAGGGAGCUGUGGUUCAUGGGUCGGGCAGCUUCCUGGUUUCAGGAGGAAUAUGAGCACACGUGCAGGCUGCUAUGGGCCCACAGAUCUUUAUGCCAAACCCCUUGGGACAAACGUUUUCUCCAAACUCUGACUUUUGAGACCUUUAGAAAGACAAUACGUUGCACAAACGGUCCAUUUUGGAAGUCCAUAGAAAGAGUCUGAAAGAACACCCUUUGUAGAAGUCCAUCCCUUGAUAUUUCUGCAUAAAAUGUAGAACAUUGAUACUAAGUGGGUAAAGACUCUAAGUGGCCCCUAAAUGUCAGGCUUUGCUGUGAGUGCUGGGCUGCCACCUUGUGAACCAGCUUUGUUUUCCGAACGGUUUGAGACUUUGGAACGUUGGCUAAGGAACUGCAGACGGAGCGCAGCUGACGGGCAGCCCCUCAUGGGGAGGCUCAGACCUAACGCUCAGUUCAUUUUCACUUUUGAUAGAAUGGCCACCUGGUCGUUUGGUUGGGGACAGAACGCGGGCUGGGGCUUGAACUGACUCAACAAGGUUUUGGAAGUUUGAGAACCAGGGCCUUAAAAAGCACAGGGACUCUCACGGUAGCCAAUAAAGAAUUUUAUGAGUGUUGAAGGAACUUCUCUCUUUGUCUGAUGUGACAGUGGGGGAGGGAACCGACGUCUGUAGAAAAUAUAACUAAGCUGUUGAAGGGCUCAGCCUGAUUUGACAUAUUUUUCCAAGCCUGAGGGUUUCAUUACCAUAGAUAGCUAGUCAGUUACGUGCAUUAAAAAUACUUUUUAAAGUUGAUCUGAUAAGUUAUCUAUGUUACAAGUUCAUGCAUUGAUUCUCUAUCAGAAGAGCACAUUUACUGAAGAUUUUGUGACAAUUCAUCCUCAUCUCUUCCUUGUAAAUAGGUUCAACUUUUUUUCUUGCUCCUAAGGGUCAAUAUUAAAUUUCUGUU